AUGACAACUGAGGAUAUUGAUGCAACUAGUGUUGAGGAAUUCGAUCCAUAUCGUGCUACUGGUCUAUGGCAUAUACUUGCAACGAAUCUUAAUAUGUGGAAAGAUAAACUAACUCCAACUAUAACCUAUAGUAUUCAUGAUCAACUACCUGAUGGACGUGUCCGUCUAAAUGAUCUUGUUGAAUAUUAUAGUAAACGCCCUUGUGUUGGUUAUCGUCCAACAAGUCUUGAAGGUAUUGAUACACAAUUACCAAGCAAAGCGAGUCGUUAUCAAUGGCGAGGCGAUGGUAUACUAAAAUUAUUUACAAGUGAAUUUGGUUUCGUAUUUGUUGAUAAUGAAACAACAUCUGAUCGACCUUAUCAAUGGGUAGCAAUAAUAUAUAGUUCAACACUUUUUUCUAGUGGGGGCAUUAAUUUAAUGACACGUACGCGACAACCACCAACACAUGUACUCAAUGAUUUUGUACGAUUUUGUCAUGAUCAUCCUAUAUUAAAAUCGAAAUCAGUGAAUAUGUUUUAUACACGAGACAAAGCUAGUGAUGAAGUUUAUUAUAUACGAGAUCUACAAACAGAUUAA